GGAUCAACCCGUCCGUCAAGCGCACCCCGAAGAGCUUGACCUCGCAGUUGGAGCAUUUCUUGGAGUUGUGGCCGUUGUGGCUGCAAUGCGAGCAGCGCCGCGUCAUUUUUGGGUCCGGGCUCGGCAGAUCGAGGAAGGGGCGGAGGGAUGAGAGAGAAGAAGGGAGGAAGAAGAAGAAGAAUAAUAUAAUAACAAAUUAUAUGGCUUUUUAUUUAAAUAAGAAAAAAAUGCCACCUGAAGGCAAAUGGGAUAUUCAGGACUUUUUCUGAUCUUAUUUUUCUCUGUUUUUCUUAUAAAUCUCGUUUCUGCUGCCGAUCCUUACUUCCAGUUUAAUUGUGUUAACGAUGGCAACUUCACCGCAAACAGCACCUAUGGGACCAACCUCAACCUUCUGUUUUCUCAGCUAUCCACCACGGCGGAUUUCAAUCAUGGGUUCUACAAUCUAUCCGUCGGUUGGAGCCUUGACCAGGUCAACGCAAUCGGACUCUGCAGGGGAGACCAAAAGGAGGUCGCUUGUAGAAGUUGCCCGAUCGAGACCAUCUCCGAACUCAAGCAGCGAUGCCCCGAAUAUAAAGAGGCAAUCGGAUGGUCGGAAUACUAUGGUGAUGUGUUCAUUUGGGAGCUGAGCCCCUUCUUGAGAGACUUGAGCAGAGAUGCGGCAGCCGGAGGACCUCUUCUCAAAUAUGCGGCGAAUUACACGGCUGGUAUUUACGCUCUCGAGCAGUGCACGCCCGACCUAUCACAGAAGGAUUGCAGCCAGUGGCGGAGCCAGGGGGUUGCGAGGGGCGGCGCUUGCCCCCCUGAAAUUUGAGAAUCUUGCAAAUUAACAUAAGAAAAAUUA